AUGACAAAGAACCUGGAUUCCAUCCCAUACGAUGUGUUUUACCAGGUGGCCUCGACUCUCGAUUGCCAUGAUUACAUCCACCUCAGCCAAGUCAACCGCGCCAUCAAUGCCUUGACCAGAGGCGAUUCAAUUGCCCGCAACACCGUCAGGAGCACACUUUCCCAUACAAAGGAAGGAAGAGAAGCCAAUAACGCCAAGGCUGGCUACCGCAAAGCCAUCGGCCAUCUGUACGACAUCAAGGAGUCCCUUGCAACCGCUGAGCCUUACUCGGCGUCUGUCCUGGGCUAUGGAAGCUCCUUCCUCUACUCGGGGGGCUCGCUGUGUUACAUCUACAAUGAUGAAAUCCGUGCUCUGGACGUGCGUGGUGCCAGCCGCGUUGAGCAAGUUAUGAACCUUCCUAAUGUUCUGCGCCGUCUAAUCCCCGGCUACAACCCCGACAAUGGGAUGACGCAGGUCUCACUCAUGAACUUCAGCGACUGGAUCGUUGCAUUCCUGGUAGAGAUGGACGACAGGGCUGAAGCUUACAUUUUGGCGCUGGACAUGCGGCGCCAGUUGCCAGGGAAAAGUCCCCGUUUGAGAUGCCGGAGGUCGAUUCAAUCAACGCAACGGUUGUUUAUUCGACACAACAGCAGGUAUCUUUACUACGGGACACAUUCUGCGCUUGGAGUUAAUGGAUACACUCAAUGGGAGGUCAACUGCGUGGAUCUGAGAGAUGGAAAACUACAGAGUGAAAAUAUGGUUGUGUUGGAUAAAUUCGCCGGCAAUGAGAUUGGGCAAACUGUGUGCUUUGAAGUCUACCAGAACCACCUGUACGCCAUCUCGACCCUGGUUGAUUUCGAGGAGGAGGAGGUCGAUUGGACCUCGUAUUACGUUUGGAUCUGCUUGGAUCCCAAGCUCACAAUGCACAAGGACGGUGUCAAGACCCACCGCACCUGGCGCCGACAGCACCGAGAGGGCCCGAUCAAUGACACUUGGUCCGACCUCUCACUCAGAGAGGACGAAGAAACUGGACAGCCAAUGAUUCUCGAGUGCCGCAGGGAGUGGCGUUACGGUGGGAGUGAAAACUGUCGAACGUACUACGUCCAGCAGCUGCCGGCGCCCGCCGACGUUGACAAACAACAACCGCCCUCUGACUACUAUCUGACAUCUAUACCUGACGAGCCGCUCGCUAAGACCCUGGACGAGAACUGCAAACCCAAUUAUGAGCGACCAAGAAAGCGACUCCGCAGACACUAUCACUCCGAGUACGAGGAAGGCGCAGAACCACAGCCCCGACGUGACUUCAUCCUGGCCAAAACCAAGUUCCGCACAUACAAUAUCUCCGCAUCCAGCUAUUUUGAUCUCGUGAAUGACCCGCUCCCAAAGGCGCGAAGUGGCGAGCUUGUACCCCGUGAUCGAAUGCGAAUACGCGUCGUAUCGAGGAAGCGCAAGUGUCCCAUCGACGAGGAAGGCAUCCAGGUGAAGCCGGGGUUUCUGUUCAAACCUGAGCUUAGCGAAGCAGACGGGCGUUUAGUAGAGAACAGCGAGGAGCGUUUCGCAACCCGAGGCGUCCACCUCUGGCCCCCCGAUGACGCUCCCGAAGAAUUAAAUAACUUACUCUGCCCCUCCAAGCGAACCGGGCAAGUUCAAGCCCUGGCAGACGAUAGAUCCAUUGUGUACUCAGUGAACCGGGAUGGCCUGGAGCCUGGCGACCAGGCGCUUAUCCUCAUCAACUUUGACCCAUCGCUGCGGCUGCCAGGGCUGAAGCGUUUGAAUUUCGGCAGACAUCUUGGCGCCCCAGCGAAGACUGACGCGCCGGUUGGCAUUGAACGGCCUCACGCCGGUGACGUUGGCCAGGAUCGGUCAGCCAUGCAGACAACAGUUGCAGGGAAACAAGCCAACAAAAACGUGCCAACUGUCCGAGAAGAGCCGGCAAUGUACCUCGCCAUCGACCGUGGCUUCUGGUUUCGAUGA